CGUGCUGUGAUAUUCACCCCUGAGUGUUCUGUUUUUCCUGGGUGGCAUUCCAGAUGGCGAACGAGUUAAGGCCCUGUCCAUGUGACAUUGGAGACAGAUUUGAUUAUGGUGGCCGUGGGCAGGAAGUACAAGUGGAGCACAUCAAGGCCUAUGUCUCCAAACCCUCCACCAGCACAGACAAAGCUGUGAUUGUGAUUCAUGACAUAUUUGGAUGGGAGCUCCCAAACACGAGAUACAUAGCCGAUAUGCUAACAGCCAAUGGAUACGUGGCCAUCCUGCCAGACUUUUUUGUGGGACAAGAACCGUGGAAACCUUCGAAUGACUGGGCUACCUUCUAUGAAUGGGUGAAAUCCCGAGAUGCCGGCAAAAUAGACAAAGAAGUUGAUGUUGUCAUGAAGUAUCUAAAGGAACAUUGUGGUGCAAAGAGCAUUGGUGUAAUUGGGUUCUGCUGGGGUGGAGCAGCAGUACAACACCUGAUGCUGAAAAAUCCUCAUCUAAGGACAGGAGUGUCUCUUUAUGGAGUGAUCAGAUUCUUUGAUGACAAAAGCAGUUUGCUUCACCCAACCUUCUUCAUUUUUGCUGAAAAUGAUGAAAUCGUCCCUCUGGAGCAAGUUACUGCGCUGGAACAGAAGCUUAAACAAAACACUAAAGUUGAUUAUGAAGUUAAAAUUUACCCUGGACAGACUCAUGGUUUUGUGCACCGCAAAAAAGAAAACAUCAAUCCUCAGGAUAAACCUUACAUUGAGGAAGGAAGAAGGGAUAUGAUCAACUGGCUGAAUAAAUACAUGUAGAAGGAAUCAAGUGCCCAUAAAACAAAACGCUGGCUUAUGAAAUUAGAAAAUAAUAAGAGCAUUUUAAUCAAUAUAAUCUUUAAAAUCAUCAGAAUACUUUCAAACACCUUUUACAAUAGCAUUACGUGUAUGUACUUAUUUUCUAUGGGGCUAUAUACAUUUUUUUACAAAUGCUGGAAGUUGUAACUGUAAAAAUUUUUUAAAUUCAACUUCAUGUACCUUAGAAUUAUUCUAAUAUGAUGUGGGAUGUUUUCUAGAAUCUGAAGGAUUCCCUUUCUUAUAUUCCUAUCAGUGUAAUAAAAAAAAUUAUUGAAACCCUGUGUCCACUCAGAUAA